AUGAUAAAAGUAUAAACAGCGACACCAUUUGGAGAACAAAUCUUCGAAAUAAAGAGAGAUUUUUACUAUGUUAGAGACUUGGUGGAGAAAUGCGCUUAAUAUCUUAAAAAAAAGAAUGUUCGACUUUAUUUUGACAAAGAUUGCCAAAAGGAAAUUGGAUCUGAUUUGAAGAUUGAACAAGCUGAAAUCAAUUAAACUAUCUAUGCUAAAAUAAUAGAAAAUGAAUUCGAAUAAUCGUCGCAGUACGGGGAUGUAAUAUGUUGGUUCAUAAGAGAUGGAUAAGAAUUAGAAUAGGGAGUUCAAUUAAGAUCAGACUUUACAUUUGAAGAAGUAAUACAAAUGAAAAUUCUAGGUAUUGGAUGACGCGAUAUACUAGAAUAUAAUAACAAGCAUGCCAAAAUAGAUCAAAGUGACAAAUUACAGAAAAACUCAAGUUCUGGCAACUUUAAUGGAAAUGCAGAUGUUUAAGCUAAUUGACCAAAAUGAGAAAGAACCCCAGCUAACUAUUCAUUUUACAACUAACGAAAAAGAGCCAAUAGUAGAAAAUACCCAAUUUAAUUAAUAAUUCCCUUAGAGAUUUCCAGUUUUUCAGGGACCGAGGAAGGAAUUCUAACCUAAUAUGGCAUAAAGAAACUAAAACUUUUAACAAUAAUUUCCAAAUCAAUAGCAACAGCCAUUUUAAUAAUUCUAAUAACUCAACACCACAAAUUUCUAGCCAUCAACAUUGAAUACUACUGCAAUGUAAAACAAGCCUUAGAUUUAUAAUACAAGCUUUCAACCCCAACCAAAUUUCCCAUUACAAAAACCCUAGAAUUUUAACAACAAUAUACAACAAUCUCAAUAGAUUCCUCAAUCUAAUAUAAUAGGGCAAUCUGCAAUCAUUUCUUAGGUGUAAAACAACAAAACUUUCUAAAUUAAUUAACAGAAUUCAAACAUAAAAAUUCAAUAAGGGCCAUAAGUGGGGUUUCCUCCAACUUUCAAUCUUAAUGCAAUUCCCUCUGAUAAAAGUCCUAAUCAAUCAUUACAAAAAAAUUAAAAUAACCCAUUCGUGCCACUUCCCAAAAAUCCGAUUAUAGGAUUGCCAAAUCAAAAUACUCAAUAAUAAUUUUAAUUCUAAAAUAGCUAGCAGUAACAACUUGAAUUUGAAGCAAUUAGGAAACUUGAACAAUUGGCCUUAAAUGCUCAAAAGACUCUAGAUUCAAAUCUUCUCUUGGGAAAUUUUCACUUUACGAUCGAUUAAUAAGGAGGAUAUGUAAGUUUCAGUCACUUAAAUUUAAAAAUAACUGGCUUUUUUAUUGAACCAAAAGGCAAAGAAAUUAGUUUAAAAAAUGAAAACAACCUUAAAUGGUAAACUAAAUUUGGAGUAUCAAUAGCUUUAAGUGAUAAUUUAGGGUUUGUAAUUAAAUGGAAAAAUAAUACUUAUAAUUCUAUAUUAAUGAAUUUUUUGUGAGG